UAAUCAAAUCAAGCUUCUUCCUCUCCUGUCUCCACUACUACCCUUUCUUCCUCUCAUCAACGUGCAUUUCUACCCUUACAUUACAUUAUAAUUUCAACUCUUCCAUUUCUCUCUCCAUCUUCAUCAAACCAUAAUCAUCCAUGGCGCCCGACCGCGCCAUCAUCUCUACCCUCCUCCUCCUCCUCCUCCUCAUACUCUCCCUCUCCUCAGCUCAACCACUCACCCGAAUCCGCCCCAAAAGCCCACCCGCAGACGACGAACUACCCCCCGCACCCGCACCCGCCCCCUCCUCCGACCUCUGCAAUGGCAUUUGGCUAUCCUACACUUUUACAUCCGGCAAAAAAAUCCACCCUAUAAAGAAACUCCCUAAACAGCCUUACAGCUUCAAAUCAGAACUCACCAUUAUUAACAACGAUGAGGUUGCGCUUAAGUCAUGGGAAGUGUAUGUUGGGUUUCAACACGAUGAGUUCCUCGUUUCCGCCUCUAAUGUUGUCCUUGCUAAUGGAUCGAGUCUUCCGGGUCUUGUGGGUGAAGGUACGGUGUUUGCCGGGUACCCGGUUGCUAAUCUUAAGACAGCGAUUCAAACUGCUGGGGAUAUGGAUCAGAUGUCGGUCAAUGUUGAGUUUGAAGGGACACAAUUUGGGGUUGUUCCUCCUAGAGUUCCUUUGCCUCAUAAUAUUUCACUUGUUAAUGAUGGUUAUAUUUGCCCUAAACCUGUUCGUGAAGGAAAUGUCACUUUAAACACUUGUUGUGCCCGAGAUCCAAAAUUCAAAGCGAAGAUGACCAUAACUGAUGACUUUUUGCCUCGGAAAAAUGGUGAUCUGACAAUCAUGUAUGAUGUGACAAAGUCUUACACAGGGAGUUACUGGGCUCAAGUGACUAUGGCUAACCAUAACCCUUUAGGCCGUCUUGAUUAUUGGAAGUUAAGCUGGAACUGGAUGCAAGGGGAAUUCAUUGUUGACAUGAAAGGAGCUUAUCCUGACGUUGUUGAUGCAAAUGAUUGUAUUAGUGGCCCCCAAGCUGCACAAUACACAGGCCUCGAUUGGUCCACUGUGCUGAAUUGUCAAAGAAGGCCAACACUCGUUGAUCUUCCUCCUCAGUAUGCUAACGACACCCUCCUUGGAAAGAUACCAUAUUGUUGCCGUAAUGGUACAAUUUUGCCACAAGGGAUGGAUGAAAGCAAGUCCGUCUCUGCAUUCCUGAUGCAUGUUAAUAAAAUGCCGCCACAGAUGAACCAAUCUUUAAUAGACCCGCCCCAGAACUGGCAGAUCAAAGGAAUUCUCAACCCGAAUUACAAAUGUGGACCGCCUGUGCGAGUCAGCCCAAGCGAGUUCCCAAGCCCAACGGGUCUACCAAUAAAUACGACUGUUUUUGCCAGCUGGCAAGUUGUGUGCAAUAUCACCAAACCUAAGAAUGCUGCUCCUAAAUGUUGUGUCUCAUUCUCAUCAUACUUCAAUGACUCUAUCGUCCCUUGCAAAACUUGUGCUUGUGGUUGUCCUACAUCUACUGGUAAGACCUGUAGUACAACUGCACCAGCUAUGUUUCUUCCACCUGAGGCUCAGCUACUACCAUUUGACAACCGUACUAAGCUAUCCGUUGCUUGGGCCCGACUAAACCACCGGUCUAUACCAAACCCACUUCCGUGCUCAGAUAACUGUGGUGUUAGCAUCAACUGGCAUCUAUUCACAGAUUUCAACAAAGGAUGGAGUGCAAGAGUCACAAUCUUUAACUGGGAAGAAACAGUGUUUGCUGACUGGUUUGUUGCUGCUGAAAUGAAAAAUGCAGCUGCUGGUUUUCAGAAGGCUUACUCAUUUAACGGUACUGUUAUGGGUGAGACCAACACCACCAUUUUCAUGCAAGGUAUUGAGGGAUUGAACUAUCUUAUGGGCGAGACUAAUGGCACCAGACCAAUUGACCCGCGGGUUCCUGGUAAACAGCAAUCGGUUCUUUCCUUUACCAAGAAACUUACCCCGGGAAUCAGAGUUGCAGAGCGAGAUGGUUUCCCUACCAAAUUUUACUUCAACGGGGAAGAAUGCUCACUUCCCAGCAUAAUUCCUAUCAACAGCGCGUAUAAGAAGGGUCCAUUGACAAUAAUUUCUGUUCUUAUCGCGGCUUUGGUUCUCGUGUUUAUUCAGUAAUGACGGAACUUUGAGAAUCUGCGCAGAUUUUUGUAGCUGCUGCUGCUAAUUCUUUCAUUCUUUUGUGAUUCGGUCAAUAUAUGCUGACUGUUGGCUUAUGUGACUGAACUGCAACCACAGUUUAACUGCAGAAUGCUGAUAGUAGCAGGUUCAGUUGAAACUUGAAAGAGUAUAUGUGUAAUGUUACUGAUUGCUAGCUAAUUAGAUUACCGUAGUACAUAAUAUAUUGGUAUACAAACAUGUGAAACAUAUUGCUGUAAUUCUAAAUUCGGGUUUUUAUGUAUCAUUUCUUCAUUUCUGACCAA